AUUCAAAAACUCUAGUUGAUUGGAUCAAAAUUCCCUCAAUUCUACCGAACUCGUCGCCAGCCCCACCCAGAAAAAUACCCGGGGCAGGAACCUCCUUACGGCGGUGUGAAGCGAAAUUGUGGAAGGCUAUUGCGACACCGAGAAUACGGAGUUGCACGUCUCGCCAGAAACUGAAGCACAAUCCCUUAGAUUGUUGUGUGAAAGUAAUAAACUCUAUCACACAGUAGUGAUUAAGAAAAACCCUAACAAUGGGGAAGAAGCAGCAUAGCAAAGACCGAAUGUUCAUAACCAAAACAGAAUGGGCAACGGAAUGGGGAGGUGCCAAAUCCAAAGAAAUUCGCACCCCUUUCAAACGCCUUCCCUUUUAUUGCUGCGCACUUACAUUUACACCGUUUGAGUUUCCAGUUUGUACACCUGAUGGCAGCGUUUUUGAUGUUAUGAACAUAACUCCUUAUAUUAUAAAAUAUGGUAAACAUCCUGUCACUGGAGCUCCUUUGAAACAACAAGAUCUCAUUCCACUAACUUUUCACAAGAAUUCUGAAGGAGAAUAUCACUGUCCAGUGCUAAACAAAGUUUUCACUGAAUUUACACACAUUGUGGCAGUCAAGACUACUGGAAAUGUCUUCUGCUAUGAGGCUGUUAAAGAGUUAAACAUCAAGAAUAAAAACUGGAAGGAGCUCCUCACCGAUGAAGCAUUUACUAGGGAUGACCUCAUAACAAUUCAGAAUCCUAAUGCACUUGACCAGAAGGUUCUUCUGGAUUUUGAUCAUGUUAAACUCAAUUUGAAAAUUGAUGAUGAAGAACUACAGAAAAUGACUUCAGAUCCAACCUAUAACAUAAACAUGUCGGGUGAUAUCAAGCAAAUGCUUAAUGAGCUUGGAACUGAGAAAGGAAAGGAAACUGCGUUGCAUGGUGGAGGCGGUGGCAAGGCACAAAAAGAAAGGGCCGCUGCACUUGCUGCCAUCUUAGCUGCAAGGUCACAAGUUAAAGAAGAUUCGAAUCCCGAUGGAGUUGCCAAUGCUCCUCAGGCACUUAGUAUUGUAGAUGCUGCAUCUGCCUCAGUACAUGGUAGAAGUGCAGCUGCAGCUAAAGCCUCAUCAAGUGAUAAAACUGCUGCCAGAAUAGCUAUGCACGUGGCUGGUGACAGGGCGCCAGUGAAUGCAAAGAUGGUUAAAAGUCGUUUCACUACUGGUGCUGCUUCCCGGUCUUUCACUUCAACGUCAUAUGAUCCAGUUACAAAAAAUGAUUAUGAAUAUGAGAAAGUUGAGAAGAAUCCAAAGAAGAAGGGAUAUGUACAACUGCAUACAACACAUGGUGAUUUGAACAUUGAGCUGCAUUGUGAUAUAACACCCAGGGCAUGUGAGAACUUUAUCACGCUUUGUGAACGAGGAUAUUAUAACGGAGUUGCUUUUCAUAGAAGCAUUAGGAAUUUUAUGAUACAGGGUGGUGAUCCUACCGGUACUGGUAGGGGUGGUGAAUCGAUAUGGGGAAAGCCUUUUAAGGAUGAACUCAACUCCAAAUUAGUCCACUCUGGAAGGGGUGUGGUUAGCAUGGCAAACAGUGGCCCCCAUACUAAUGGUUCCCAGUUUUUCAUCUUGUACAAAUCUGCAAAUCAUUUAAACUUCAAACAUACAGUUUUUGGAGGAGUAGUUGGUGGCUUGACUACACUAGCAGCAAUGGAAAAGGUUCCUGUUGAUGACAGUGACCGACCUCUGGAGGAAAUCAAGAUAACAGGUGUCAAAAUUUUUGUCAAUCCUUACACCGAACCAGAUGAGGAAGAAGAGCAAGCUAAUGCCAAAGAGAAGAAUGCAAAUGAUGAAGAAAAUGACAAGGUUGGCUCAUGGUAUAGUAAUCCUGGUGCUGGAACAUCUGAAUCUGUUGGCGGUGGUGUAGGCAAGUACUUAAAAUCUAGGAAUAUUCCAGGCCCAACUGAAUCUGCUGCCAUCGACACUGGUACAGCCGUUGUAGGAAAGAAAAGAAAAGCAGUUGUCAGUGGUGAAUUUAAAGAUUUUUCGUCAUGGUAAUUAUGCCAAAUUAGUACAAUUUGUAAAGCAAUGUAGACUUUUCUUGUAGUCAUUAUCUAGUUUGCAUUCGAAAUUUUGACAAAUAGUGGAUUUUUUUUUCGCAAACCAUUCAGGAUUUGUACAAUAAGUGUAACUGUAAUGCAGGAUUAGAAUCAUUUUGUCUGGAGUGUGCUUUCCCCUUUCUUUGUCAUAAGUUUCUUAGCUUUUCAAAUAAUAUCAAGAAGAAUUAUACAACUCUA